AUGACUAUGUUUGAGAAUGUCACCCGCGCCCUGGCUAGACAGCUGAACCCUCGAGGGGACCUGACACCCCUAGACAGCCUCAUCGACUUCAAACGCUUCCAUCCCUUCUGCCUGGUGCUGAGGAAGAGGAAGAGCACGCUAUUCUGGGGGGCCCGCUAUGUCCGCACCGACUACACUCUCCUGGAUGUGCUGGAGCCUGGCAGCUCCCCGUUAGAUCCAACAGACUGUGGGAACUUCAGCUUUAAGAACAUGCUGGAUGCCCGCGUAGAGGGAGACGUGGACGUACCAAAGACGGUGAAGGUAAAGGGGACAGCAGGCCUGUCUCGAAGCAGCACACUGGAGGUCCAGACUCUCAGCGUGGCUCCCAAGGCUCUGGAGAACUUGCACAAGGAGAGGAAGCUGGCAGCAGAUCACCCGUUCCUGAAGGAGAUGCGAGAUCGUGGGGAGAACCUGUACGUGGUGAUGGAGGUGGUGGAGACCGUGCAGGAGGUCACUCUGGAGAGAGCUGGCAAGGCAGAAGGCUGCUUCUCGCUCCCGUUCUUUGCCCCACUGGGACUACAGGGAUCCGUGAACCACAAGGAGGCUGUAACCAUCCCCAAGGGCUGUGUCCUGGCCUUUCGAGUGAGACAGCUGAUGGUCAACGGCAAAGAUGAGUGGGAUAUCCCACACAUCUGCAAUGACAGCAUGCAGACCUUCCCUCCAGGAGGUAGGUGCGCAUGUGCUCUGUUUGUGUUUUCAGAAAAGCCAGGGGAGGAGAAGUUCAUCCGGGAGAUGCAUGAAGAUUUCAAGACACUAAAAGAAGAGGUUCAGAGAGAGACUCGAGAAGUGGAGAAGUUGAGUCCGGUGGGACAGAGCUCCCUGCUCACCUCCCUCAGCAAUCUCCUGGGGAAGAAAAAAGAACUCCAAGACCUCGAACAGACGCUCGAAGGGGCUCUAGACAAGGGACACGAAGUGACCCUGGAAGCACUCCCCAAAGAUGUCCUGCUGUCAAAGGAUGUCACGGGCGCCGUCCUCUAUUUCCUUGGGGCUCUAACAGUGUUAAGUGAAGCCCAACAGAAGCUUCUAGUAAAAUCCCUGGAGAAAAAAAUCCUGCCAGUGCAACUGAAGCUGGUUGAAAGCACCAUGGAGCAGAACUUCCUGCAAGAUAAAGAGGGUGUUUUCCCGCUGCGGCCUGACCUGCUCUCCUCCCUCGGGGAGGAGGAAUUGACCCUCACAGAAGCCCUAGUGGGGCUGAGUGGCCUGGAAGUCCAGAGAUCCGGCCCCCAGUACAUGUGGGAUCCGGACACUCUCCCACGCCUCUGUGCCCUCUACGCUGGCCUCUCCAUCCUUCAGCUGCUGAGCAAGGCUUCCUAAUGCACCUUCUCUGCCCUCUUCCCUAAUGUCUUCCCAACCUUACUGUGCCCUAUCUAUAACACUCCAAGUCACUACAGACCCUCCAGGCUGAAAUGCCAUGCCCAUCAUGCAUGGUUACCAAAUUCCACCUGCCCCACAGUCUAUCCCCUUCUGUCCUCUACCUCAGCCACCCACUGAGCCCACCUCCUGAUGCUUAAAUCCUGAAGAUACAGAAUCAUUCAAAAAUC